AUUAUAUCACCAUCCACCAUCAUGGCAGCGAUCAAAGUCCAUGGAAACCCUCUCUCAACAGCUACAAUGCGAGUUCUCACUACCCUCUAUGAGAAAGAGCUAGACCGUGAGUUUGUUAUUGUAGACUUGAGAGCUGGUGAGCAUAAAAAAGAACACUUCCUGUCCCGCAAUCCAUUUGGUCAAGUUCCAGCUUUUGAAGAUGGAGAUCUCAAGCUCUUUGAAUCAAGGGCAAUUACUAAAUACAUUGCCUAUGAGUAUGCUGACAAGGGAACCCAACUGAUAUACCAAGACCCUAAGAAGAUGGCAAUUACAUCGGUUUGGAUGGAGGUUGAGGCCCUACAGCACGACAAAAUAGCUACAACUCUAGGCAUGGAGCUAGGAUAUAAGCCAGUAGUUCUUGGCAUUAGUCCAAAUGCAACAGUUGUGGAGGAAAAUGAACCUAAGCUAGCUAAGGUCCUUGAUAUCUAUGAGAGUCGACUAGCUGAGUCAAAAUACUUGGGAGGUGACUGCUUCACCCUAGCGGAUUUGCACCACAUGCCCAUUAUGCAUUUCUUAUUAGGGACACAAAUUAAAAAGCUCUUUGAUUCGCGCCCCCAUAUGAGUGCUUGGGUAGCAGACAUCACAGCAAGGCCAGCUUGGUUAAAGGUCCUUGCCUUGCAAAGCAAAUAA